AUGCACACCCAGAAACGAAAUGAUGGAAAACGAAAACGAGUUUUUGGGUUUUGCAGGUUCCUCAAGGAUUUCCCGAGCACACAGACGUUCUACUGCGAGAAGUACUCAUCGGACGCGGCAAGAUGGAAUCUCUAUCCGAAUCUCAAUUACUCGGCCUUGUUCUACGCGAUUGUGAAUCUUCUAGAUGUGUUUCCGCUCAUCACAACUUCUCCACAGGCGAUUGGGGAAGCGAUUCUCGACACAAUAAAAGCUCUAAUGAUAUUCCUCGAACGAGAAUCUCUUGAGCAAUUGCCGAUACUUCUAGCGAGCCAAUUGGGAGUUUUUCCGAGAGAGCUCGACAAACAGAUUGUCCAUUUGAUUGCUGAUUGUGUGUUCCCGUUUGCAAUCAAUGACGAGACAUUCGUGAAGUCGAGCGUCCCGGGAGUUAUUAUGCUUGUCUUGCAACAAUCGCAUGAUCCAAGUUUGCAUACAUGGAUUGUUGAAGCUGCCAUGAAUUGUUCGCCAAAUGUCUAUCAGGAUUUGCUGCAAGUAAUUGCAAAAGGGACGUGUGAGAGCCGAGUUGCCGCUGCAAACUUGCUCUUCCACUACUGGCCGUUUCCGAAUCCGCAAAUCCUGCAUAGGAAGACAAUUCAAUAUCGAGUUCACGCAUGGAGAACGGUUCAGUGUCAAUCGACGGCGUGCACCGACAAGUCGACAAGUGUCAAGCGAUGCUAUGAUCCAGUCGUUUGUGCGGAUGUCGCCGACACUUCUCCGCCAAUCUUUUUGUGCAAGAAAUGCGCUGAACAGGUUACCGGCGAACGCAAGGUUGUCACGCAGCACAUCGCACAACCGAUGCCGGCAAGUAAUGCGACGUGUCAGCGGCAAGAGUGCCAGUCGCAAUCUCGACUGGCGGUCGUGAUCUGCUGCUCGCACGAAUGCACACGAGGACACAAUCAUGUGCCAAUGAGACUUUGUCUUGAUUGCACAAAUCAGAUUCAUGGCGAUGAUAGCGAUCACCUGCGUCACAAAGGAUCUGGAAUCGUUUGGGGUUCGAAUGAUCAAUGGCCGACGGUUGAGAGUAUUGUGAAGCUUCUUCGCGAAACGACGACGUUUGAAAGUUCGGAAGGUGAAGGGAAAAAACCGAAAUGGUUGCGACAAUUGGAUGGAGGAACAUCGAUGGGAAAAGAGAUCGACAAAAUGGCCGAUGAACGAAGAAUGUUGAGUCGAUUCGGGGUGUGGUUGAUGGCAGCAUUGUGUCCGCCAAACGAACAAGCCGAUCCCCGUGCAAUUGGCUACAUAAUGCAGAAUGUGUUUCAAUGGUUCGCCACUACGGCACUGCUCCCAAAUGACAGCAUGGGAGCCAGUUUGGAGCAGCUGAAAACAGAUUUCAUUUGCGAUUGGAUAAAUAUUGCGAUGAAAACCCAUAAUAAUGUGUUCAUUUCUUCACUUUGUGGAGUUUGCGAAGAGCACGAUGGUCGGCCGCAUAUCGAACGAAUAAAAGAGGGCCUUGGAAGAUUGCUCGCUCUUAUGCCGUAUGACGUGAUCUCUCUCGAGACUUGGUCACGUGUGAUGCCCAACUGGCUCGAAUCGAUUGUGAAUGACUGUACAGAAGAUAACCAGCCCGAGCUUAAGGUUCUGCUCUGCAAAAUAUUUGAGCCUGACCUGUGUCCGCUUCCAUUCGAGACUCCUGAUGUAUUCCGAUUCAUGACGAGUCGACUCGUUGGUGAUGACUACAAUGAGAUGUUCAAUGCUCUCCAAUGGUGGCAUCAACUCUCGCGACUCGAUAUCACGAUUCCGAUGGGAAUGGUUCUUGACAAUUUCAUACAAUGUUUGACGAAACUCAAAACAAUUCAAAUUCCGCCAUUAUCGGAAAAUGAUUUGGAAGAGGAGGAGAUGUCGGUUCACGUCGUUCUCGUCGACGUUCUCGUUCUUCAAAUGAGAUUGAACGAUGUUGAACGAUCGUGUGCUUCAUCUGUAGUCGAGCGACUAUUUGAAUGCAUUCAACUUCUCAUCUCCAUCCCGAUUCGAGCAUCUGAGCAUCAAUGUCAUGAUCCGGAACUUGACGGUUUCUCGGAUUGUUCACCUUGCCAACAGGCGGCUUUUGUUCAGCAGAUGGUCAUGAAUAUUGUGCAGAAAGUGUGUCCGAAACGAGAGGUCGCCAUUAUCACAACAGUUGACGAGGAGCCGUUGUACGAGGAGCAGACGAACAGCACACCGACAGGUCACUCGAGUUCGAUGCUUUCGCCUCUGUCGAAUCCAAGUAGUAAAGGAGUGUCGCCGGGUCCGACGACGAUUAACAAAGGAUUUGGGGAAGAGUUUCAAGCGACGAUGUGUGUGGCUCAAGCAGUCGAAGACUCGGAAGAAUGCGAGUUCGUUGGCAUCUUGCCGGCUGAAGAGAUGGAAGUCGCGAUGGCUGAAGCAGUGCUGCACGAUGGCGGAGAAACGGCUCAAAUCGUCACCAGUACGACUGUGCAGUCGAACAUCAAAGGGCAGAUCAUUAAUACCCCGCAAACGCCUAUCCAAAAACCGGCGAUGUCCGAUUUUUGGGUGACAUCGGUGGGAAGAUUCCGAUUCAGUUUCGAGCAACUUCCCGCGCAGCUCAAAAUGAUACAUUCGCUGCUAUCGAGUCUCGACACUGUUCUCGAACCGGAUGUCGAAUUCUUCUGUAUGACCUCGUUGAAAUAUUUGUGCCUUCAUUGCGAAGCGUUGAGUAAUGCGCGACGUGAACAUCGCGGCUUUCUGAUUUGGACGCAGGAGAAUCAAAUGAUUCCGAAAUUGUGGGAACGCCUUCGAUCGGAUUAUAUUCAGGUCGGAGAACUUUCGACACAUCUAAUGCUCCAUGCAAUUACGCUACCAUGUGGAGAAGAAAUGUUCUGGAAAAUGGUUCAUCGAGAUUUCACUUCUCCGCAAUGGAAUGUGCGAUUCGACGCGGUUGGAAAGGCUUAUGUGAUUGCCCAAAUGAUGAAAACGGCUCCCGUCAAAGCGAACAAGGUCGUACAAACGUCCCUUGCAUCAGUAUUUUACCACUUUGUUACUUCUCUCAACGACCCAAAUCCCGCAGUUGCGCAACGCGCAAUAAUUGCUUUGAGAGCUAUGCCUACGCAUACAUUAAAGUUGAUGUGCAUGUGCUUUGAAGCUCAAUUUGAUCAUUGCAUCGUUGAUCGACCAUUAAUAAUUCAUGCGAUUACAAUGAUCGCAACUCUUCUUCCUGAUCAGACAACUCUUACUUUUGACUUUUUUAUUCAGAGAUUCGAAACAUUAGUAUUGGAGAGUCAAUUGAGUAGUCAGAGUGAAGACACCAUGUUCGUUCAAGACUUGAUGCACACCGAUCCGAUGAGUGAAUUGUAUCAGCGAAAAGUUUCCAAAGCGAGAACCGCUAUCGAGAAUGCUUCGACAGCUCGCUCGAUAGUUCGACAUUUGAAACAAUAUGACGGAUUGAAGCAUCAGCUGACAAAUUUGCCGUCAGAUCCAGCGAUCACGUUGUCGGCGAAAGUGGCGCGUUGGCGUCGCCGCGGUCGGCUCUCGGAGGCCGCAUUGUCGGCGCGCGUCAAAAUCCUCAAAGUGGUGACAAUGGUGCGUGUGGUGAAUCGUUGGCGUGAAAUGGCCGCCGACGUGGCUCUCGGUGCCGCGUCGCUCGUCUCGAUUAUGACAUCGACGGGAACGAGUCCGUCACACAACGACUCAAAAUUGGAUGAUGUCUCAUCGCCGUCGAGUGUCAACUACGGGCAUGGAGGUUACGGUAGACUUCGUGAAUUCACUGAUGAGGAAAGCAACAUGUGUUUGUUGUUCAACCGAGUAGUUGAUAUGGAGAAUCCCGAAAGGCAUACUGUCUAUCUCGUCGUCUCGCUUUUCGUCACAUUCUUGAGCAACAAAAACUCAACACCGACUGACGAGAAAGCGAAUGCGAAGAAGCAAUCGCUAAUAUUUCGACACUUCAACACACUCCUUGGCUAUAGCGGAACUGAGAAAUGCUUCACAAUUCCACCAGCAAGACUUCGCAAAUCGGCGGUGUGCAACGCAUUUAUCAGUGGUCUUCCGGAUGUUCUUGACCUCAAUCUGCACAUCGGAAAUCAGCUUCUUCCCACCGUCGUCCAGCUUCUCAUUCAUCUGCCAUCACCGCAGAAGCUUGCUUCUGAUCAGAAUGUCACCAAUUAUUCGUUGGUUCUUCUCACACAACACACAAGACAUUUAUGGCUUCAAUCGCUCAUUUUAAUUCUCUACAAAUACCGAUUCGAUCAAGUGCCAAUCAGUGAUAAUAUUGUGAGAUUGAUCAACAUUGUCGUAAAGACACUCCAAAAUCAAGUUCAUGAAUGCUCUGACGGUGAUCAUUGUCAGGAUGUUGACACAUGGGAAGACGUCGAAGAAAAUGCUCGAGACGACUCGGUCCCUGGUCUCAUUCGACCUGAAAGUCUCGUUGUUACAACAACGGGAAUUGCGGGACCAUCAGGAGAAGGAAUGGUCCGAAUAAUGCAACCAACAAUUGUUGAAGCCACCAUUGAUAGUCCGGAAUCCAAGAAACCCGAGGCAGUGACGAAGCCGAAAUUGAAUGCGGAAGAAAAUAUCAAGAAAAGUGUUAGUCUUCGAUGCGGACACUGCAAUGAAGAGGUCGAGAGUUUCGACGAAGAGACGAUUUCGCUUUGUCUGAUCGCCCUCGAGACAUUCCUACACCGCGAACCGUCGAUGGCAGCACCGAUUCUGUUCAAAAUCCUGCACACCGUGACCAGACUGAUUGAUGAGCCGAUGUAUCCGUGGCACAACACGGACAUGUUUGUGCCCGCCAAUUCGAGAAGUGUCGCGAAACAAAUGCUCAGGGUCUCUCUUCAUCAUCUAUCAACUUCGGCGAUUUGUCUGCAACUUUUCGACACAAAAAUUCCAAGAGCUGAAUCAUUUUGGUCAGUCGUCUCUUUAUCGUUAGCUGACUUCAAUGAACUCAAUCCAGUUUAUUUCAUUCAACUUUUAAUGGAGGAUUUGGAUGAAAAUUGGCCGACUUCGCUACGAUUGAUAAUGAAGAAUCUUGCGUUUUACACAAUCGAAAUUCCAACUGAUAUUUACUAUAAUCAUUGGACCAAUCUCAUACCUCAUAUGGAAGUUUUCUUUAGAAGAUAUCAUACAGCGAUCACGGCAAACAACGCAAAAAUGCCAUCAAAAUCUGAAAUUGAGAAUGUCAUAAUAGUAAUGAGCCACGUGUUGAAGGUUCAAAACUUUUCUUCGAUCAAGAAUGCCGUCUCGCUUGUCGAAACCUUCUCAAAAUGGUUGUCCGAAUCAUUGCACAAUGGAGAAGUCUCGUUGGAAUCGCUUCUUGGAGUUUGCACGGCUUGCAAUAGAGCAUUGAUAAGGGAGCGCGACAAACAGUGUGUUACUCGAGCAGUCGUCACUGAAUUGAUGCAAGCAAUCAAGUUCAAAGCUAAAAUGCACGAUGCGAAUUACAUCACAAUCGCGAAUAUGAUACUACAAGAUUCUGGUGAAGAUAUCGAAGUUCCUCUUCUUGAUGAUCAAUUCAACACGGCAGCAUCGGAGGCGAUCCGUCCAUUCCUCUUCGAAGUUCUAGAUUUCAUUGCGGACCUUCAUGUAAUUGCAAAACUCAAAAAGGAGACGAAUUCGGAUGCUCUUGGCGGAGAUUUGAAGGUCAAAUUGGCAGAAGCGAUUGCAGUGGAAAUGUCGCGUUCGAAUGCGCGCGAUUGUCGAACUGUCAUUCGUUUCAUUCCGUGGCUCAUGUCGCCGCCGUCAGUCACACAAGCCGCUCCCGGAGCGUUCGCCGAUUCGGUCACGAACGUCCGCGUGCUCUCAUGGCUUCUUCUCGGAGCAUUACACGCGAAUCAUUCAUGUGUUCCAGUACCAAUUGAGUGCUCGCAGCACAUGGCUGAUUAUAUUCAUUUCGUGCUCGCUGGAUUUGCCGAUCAAUCGAAACAAUCUGUUGUCCACAUGUCCGCUUUAUUCCACGCAUUUCACCUUUGCCAAUUAUGGACAGUCUAUUGUGAGAGAGCGGCCAUGUACAGCAGCACAACAGCGUUCUCACACUUAAUCGAUUUUUGGGCGCGAGUUACUCCGGCCAUUCUACAACUCCUCAGUCACUCGAAAGUGUUGGCCGAUAUGGUGAACUUGCACUUUCUGAACACAAUUCAAGCACUUCAACAAGUCAAUUCUGCACUUUUAUGCCAACUCUACUCAAUGUGGGCGCCGAUUCUCACGGCGUAUCACAGUCAGAUUCCGAAUCAGCUUCCAAUGAAACUCGACAGCUGCCAGAAUCAACCAUCUUUGGAAGCACCGCUGGUCACCGAAUGGCUCAAAAAAGUUCGGUACAAGAUAUCACAGGUCGAAUUGCAAACGUCCGCAGCAUCGCCUUAUUAUACUGUCUGA